AUGAAGAAGUCAACCAAAAUUGCUCGGAUCCCAAAGGCUGGUCGUCCACGGAAAACCGAAGAGAAGAAAAACAUUUUUUACACUAAAACGGGACUUGAUGGUGAUUUUGUUGACACAAUCAGUGACCACUGUUAUAUGUUUUUGUUAAACAAAGGUGGCGCUUCCGUGAACGAUGUGUACGAAUACGUUCGUGAGUCUGGUAUUUCCACUGUGGAUAUAAAGAAAGAGGAAAUUCUAUCGUUAUUAAAUAGAUUAGUGUUUAAUGGAAGUGCCGAGUGUUCUGUGGUUAAGUCGACAAACGGCAGUUUAUACACAUCAAAGAUAUUUAAACCGUCCAAAAUGGUUGCGCAGACUAAUCCACUGUCUUUAGUACCUUGUGGAAACUGUCCAUUCCUCUCCAUAUGCUCUCCACAGAACGUGUCGUGUAACCCUCGAAAUUGCAAGUACUUCAGCGAGUUAUUAACUUUCGAUGUUGAAGAACUGUCUCCAGCACUGUCUCAAAGUAAUUGA